CCGUCGUCGAAGCAGGGCAGCGAUGACACCUGUCUGGCUGCUUCUUCUGUGUGGCGUGGUGGCAGCCGAGCGCCGGUACCUGUUCACAGCGCCCAAUGUCUUCUUCGCCGGCACGCCUGAGCGGGUGUGUCUGACCCUGUUCGACGUGCCCGAGACCGGCAACCUGACGCUGACGUUCAGGAGAAGUGAGAGUAGCCCGACGUUCGCACAGCACACCCAGCAGGUGUCGGGCGUGGCGGGUGGAUCUAAACAGACCUGCUUUGCAAUUCAGCUACCAAAUCAGAGAAUUUCUAGCGCCUGGAUGGGUUUGGAAGUGACUUACCCAUCCGCCGUGGACUACACCAUAUCAGGAAGUCUACGCGUCCGUAUCUAUUUAAGCGACGUUCCUGAAGAGCAUCACUUCCUUCAGACGGACAAGUACAUAUACAAGGCGGGCCAGCUGGUCCGCUUCCGCGUCUUCUCCGUCGACUCGAACCUGAGGCCGAUUUCGGAGCCGUUGCCGCAGAUUUACAUCGAAUCGCCGGCCGGGACGAGGGUGGCGCAGUGGACAGAUGUGACUGGUCAGAGCGGGCUGGUGCAGCUGGAGAUGCAGCUGGCCGAGGAACCCAGUCUGGGUGAAUGGAACAUACACGUAGCGACAAGUGGCGGGCGUAAGGUGAAAAAGACAUUCAAGGUCGAGGAAUUUGUGUUGCCCAGGUUCGAGGUCAACAUCCAGGGUCCUCCAUUCAUUCUGGGUGACGCCGAAGAAGUGGCGUGGAAGGUGUGCGGAAG